GCAAAUCUGUGGUGCUCGUAAGCCACAGCCAUAAUCCAAUUCUAGUCCGCAACUUCUUCCUGCUCGAGCUUGUGUGCUGUGCGUGCAGAGAGAGAAAGAGAGGAGAGAAAAGGCAGGGAGAAGAGAGAAGAGAUGGCUUGCCCUGCCCAAUCCAUGCUCGCUGCGAGCAGCUGCGUGUUCCUGAGGAGCAGCAAGCCUCAGCAGUCCACGGUUCUGCGCGGAGGAGGCAUUAAUGGUGCAAGCAUCAGCAGCAGCAGCAGCAGGCUGCUGUCGGUGUCCUGCAAUGCUUCUUCGUCGCCGCCGCCGCCGCCGCAGGACGACUCUGAGUGCAACGACGUGGAGUGCGCGCCGGAGAAGGAGAUCGGGAGCCUGAGCGUGGAGUGGCUGGCGGAGGAGAGGACCCAGGUCGUGGGCACUUUCCCUCCCAAGAAGAAGGGGUGGACGGGCCUCGUCGAGAAGGACACCGCAGGCCAGACCAACAUCUACUCCGUCGAGCCGGCGGUGUACGUGGCGGAGAGCGCCAUCAGCUCCGGCACGGCGGGGACGUCGUCCGAGGGUUCCGAGAACACGGCGGCGCUCGUGGCGGGGCUGGCCCUCAUCGUCGUCGCCGGGGCCUCGUCCAUCCUCAUCCAGGUCAGCAAGAACCAGCCCCCCGUGCAGACGCCCUACUCCGGCCCGCCACUCAGCUACUACGUCGCCAAGUUCCAGCCGGCUGCAGCGGCGUUCUCGGUCCAGCCAAGCCCACCAGUCGUGGAGGCGGCAGCGCCGGAGGAGACGCCGUCUGACUCACCCACCUUGGAGGCGUCGGCAGAGCCUUCAACCGAGAACGCCGAGCAGCUGUCAUCGUGAGCUGCUAUCCUCACAGCGUCAUGGUGCAUCUUCAGGUGCACAUCGGAGCAUGCAUAGAGUUUGAUGUGUAAGCCUAGCCAGGCAUAUGAGAUGAUGAGAUUGUGAAUCAGCAAUUCAGUACCUGCAGGUUAUCUGUAAUACAUUGCGUUUUGAUGUAUGCUAGGACAAGCAAGCUGAUGGAAGGCAUAUAUAUGUACACACAUUAGUAGAUGAAAACGUUUCCAGAGUGUUGAUAUUC